UCCGUUAUGCCAUCUGUUGUUUAAGAAAGAUGCACUGAAGAGAGAAGUCGUGUAUCCACGUAUACCGUUUAUCGUGGGUACUGGUUGGUGGUCUGGGUAGAUGAAUAGAUAGUGCACAAGUAAUCAAGCUCGUGAAAUCAGAUUAAACCUUAUAUUCGAAUAGUCGUUAAACAGUUUUAUUAGAACAUUAACUGAAUUAUUAAGGAAUUGUUAAAAGUCUUGAAAAUAUUAUCGUAGUCGAUAAAAACAAUAAUACCGAUAGCCGGACACAGCAACGAAAACUUUCUAUGUGUACGCGUUUUCCCUAUGAUCCGCCGCACAACUUCGUUCUAUCAUUUCUUUCUUGCAUUUUCUCCCCCUUGCCCGUCAACCCUUAACUACCUUCCCCCAUUUCGGUGUGUACGAGUAUGAAGAGUAUCUCGGUUUCUUGUCAAGUCCUUCGUCUUAAUAGAUGUACGCGCCAGUGAUAAAGGUUUACGAAACUUAACUACAUAGAAUAUAUCGCGUGUAGUGUCGAGCGCGAUUUAACCUUGUGAAGCCGAUCCUCGGCUGUUUUUCAAUGCGCGAAUGAAGAAUAUUCGGUUCGUUUAAGAGUGGUAUGUCAAUGUGUAUACACAGUACGACAUUACCGUAGGUGAAGAGAAGAGGAUAUACUUUUCAAAAAUUCUUCUUGAACAUUUCAUUCGACAUGAUGAAGAGCAGUGCUUUGCCAAAGAAGGAGGGCAAAAUGCGUAUACGUGCUUUUCCGACGACUAUGGAUGAAAAGUAUGUAGAAACUAUUUGGACCUUACUUAAAAAUGCCAUCCAAGAAAUACAGAAGAAAAAUAACUCUGGUCUUAGUUUUGAAGAAUUAUAUCGAAAUGCAUAUACUAUGGUUUUGCAUAAGUAUGGUGAACGCCUUUAUACAGGAUUAAAAGAAGUUGUAACUCAACAUCUUGAAAAUAAAGUACGAGAUGAUGUUUUAUAUUCCCUUCAUAAUAACUUUUUACAAACAUUAAAUCAAGCAUGGAAUGAUCACACAACUUCAAUGGUAAUGAUCAGGGAUAUUUUAAUGUAUAUGGAUAGAGUUUAUGUACAACAAAAUGAUGUGGACAACGUAUAUAAUUUAGGACUUAUAAUAUUUCGAGAUCAGGUGGUUAGAUAUGGAUGUGUAAGAGAUCAUCUGAGAGAUACAUUAUUAGGUAUGGUGUCAAGAGAACGACAUGGUGAAGUUGUUGAUAGAAUUGCAAUAAAAAAUGCAUGUCAUAUGUUAAUGUUGCUUGGCAUUAAUAGUCGUCAAGUUUAUGAAGAAGAUUUUGAAAGGCCUUUUUUACAACAAAGUGCAGAAUUUUACAGAAUUGAAUCUCAAAAGUUUUUAGCAGAAAAUAGUGCAUCUGUUUAUAUAAAAAAAGUAGAAGCAAGAAUUUAUGAAGAAUCAGAAAGAGCGAAACACUAUUUAGAUGAAUCUACAGAACCACGGAUAGUUGAAGUUGUGGAAGAAGAACUAAUCAAAAUCCAUAUGAAGACAAUUGUUGAGAUGGAGAAUAGUGGUGUUGUACACAUGCUUAAAAAUCAGAAAACAGAGGACCUUAGUUGUAUGUAUAAAUUAUUUUCAAGAGUGACAGAUGGUUUACGUACAGUUUUUGACUGUGUAUCUCAGUUCCUUAAAGAACGAGGACGUGCUAUGGUUCAAGAGGAGCAUGAAUCAACAACAAAUGCUGUGCUCUUUGUACAAAAUUUAUUGGACUUAAAAGAUCGUUUUGAUCAUUUUCUUCAUUAUUCAUUCAAUAAUGAUAAACUUUUCAAACAAAUGAUAUCUUCAGAUUUUGAAUACUUCCUCAAUUUAAAUACUAAAAGUCCAGAAUAUUUAUCUCUAUUUAUAGAUGAUAAAUUAAAAAAAGGUUCUAAAGGGAUGACUGAACAAGAAAUUGAAGGAAUCCUGGAUAAAACUAUGGUUUUAUUUAGAUUUCUUCAAGAGAAAGAUGUUUUUGAACGGUACUAUAAACAACAUCUAGCAAAACGUCUCCUUUUAAAUAAAUCAGUAUCAGAUGAUAGUGAAAAAAACAUGAUAUCCAAACUUAAGACUGAAUGUGGAUGUCAAUUUACAUCCAAAUUGGAAGGCAUGUUUAAGGAUAUAACAGUUAGUAAUACUAUUAUGGACGAAUUUAAGGAUAACGUUCUUACUUCUGGGACAAGUUUAUAUGGUGUGGAUAUAAGUGUAAGGGUACUCACAACUGGUUUUUGGCCAACACAAUCUGCUACUCCUAAGUGUAAUUUACCUAGUGCACCAAGAGGUGCAUUUGAUGCCUUUAGAUGUUUCUAUCUUUCUAAACAUACAGGACGUCAAUUGACACUGCAGCCACAAUUAGGAUCUGCAGACCUAAAUGCUAUAUUUAGUGGCCCAAGGAGAGAAGAAAGUAGUUGCGGAGGAUUAGAUACGCCGUCUUCUUCUAAUUCCAUUGGAAAUGGAAAUAGCAAUGGGAGCAAUAGUCUGUUAAGUCAAAGAAGCAGUAUAUGUGCCAGUACAAGAAAACACAUAAUUCAAGUUUCAACUUACCAAAUGUGUGUUUUGAUGCUUUUCAACAAAAGAGAAAGAUUGACAUAUGAAGAAAUUCAAGGUGAAACCGAUAUUCCAGAGAGAGACUUGGUUAGAGCUCUGCAAUCUCUUGCAAUGGGCAAAGCUACACAGAGGGUGUUACUCAAAUACCCUCGAACCAAAGAAAUUGAACCUUCACAUUACUUCUGUGUAAAUAAUAGUUUCACCAGCAAAUUGCACAGAGUAAAGAUCCAGACUGUAGCAGCAAAAGGAGAAUCAGAGCCAGAGAGAAGAGAAAUGCGCAAUAAAGUCGACGAAGACCGAAAACACGAAAUCGAAGCAGCUAUUGUGCGUAUCAUGAAAGCUCGGAAGCGUAUGCCGCAUAACAUACUCGUAACUGAAGUGACGGAGCAACUAAAAGGUCGUUUCUUGCCUUCUCCAGUUAUCAUUAAAAAGCGUAUUGAAGGUUUAAUUGAACGGGAGUACUUAGCUCGUACGACGGAGGAUAGGAAAGUAUAUACGUACGUUGCUUAAUGCUGAGUUCAAAUAUUGGAACUGUACAAAAGUGUAAGUAAUUUGUAAUAAUGUAUACCAUCUAAUUAUAUCAUCGAUUCAUUAUACUUUACACAAAUUAAUUUCCAUUAUUAUUGAUAUAUCAAUAUUUUCAUCAUCCUCACCACAGUCAUCUAUAAUGUGUAAGAAUCAUUAUCAUCACCACUAUUGCUUUCUCCAUGUAAUAGUUAUAUAUCUGGCAUUCUGUAUCAACAAGGAACAUUUUUCUCUAGUAGAGGGUUUGUCUAUUUGAAUUAGUAAAACGAAUUUGUGAAGUAAUCUCUCUGUAAUAUCAACUGCCAUUUUAUAUUUUAGGUUGAAAAGAUGUACUUACGGCAUUGUAAAUGGUAAUUCUGCCGAUUUCACUUUCUUUUAUAAUAGGAUUAUAAUUGGGCUUUUAUAAAUAAAUUUCUAGUAAUUUCGUUUUCUUUUUCUUUUCUUUCUUUUUUCUUUCUUUUUUUGUUAUAUAUUUAAUUUUCUGUACAAAAACAUAUAACGUGCGAUGCAAAUAGUUGUAAAUAAAGUGAAAAAAAAUAUACAGAUACAAAUUUAUAAAAGGGAAGAAAAAAAUAGAGUAAAGUUUGUAAUACCGUUUGUUUAUGAACAUCACAACAUAUGAUGACUCAAUAACACACGGUAUUAUCAUAUUAUAAACUUAAGAGUUAAUAUUAAUUAUAUGAAGGAUGUAUGUGAGAAACAUAUAAAACCUAGAAUUUAAAGUGGAAUUUGAGUACAGCAUGAUUCUUUUAAAAUAACGUCAAACAUAUUGUAAAAGUCAUUGUAUUGAGAAAAGACGUUUCUCGUUGGUUAAUGAAUGCCUAAAAUAUCAAAAUAUUGAAAUAGAUCAUUAAAAAAUUGAUUAGUUUGGUGGGAAAAAUCGAUGCACGUUGAAAGCACCCUUUGUAAUAUAUCGAAUUUCGCACAGAUGCUAUUUGCUUUUUCUAGAUAUUAUUUAUUUUAGUUGGAACAUAAAAAGAAAUGUGAUAACAUUCAUUAGUUCACUGCUAAUUCCAUUUUGAUGAAUAAAUAAUGUAAAAUUGAUAUAAGGAUCACGAUAUAUUAUUAUUUUAUUAUUAUAUGUGUAAUUCUUAUUCUUGAUUAUUGUAAUUACUUAAAAAUAACAAGCAAACAAACUUACUUUACUUAUGUUAUUUUAUUUAAAAACAAAUGUAACAUGUGUUCUGUAUUGCAUACUGAAUAUCAGUAUAUUAUCAAAAGACGCGAUCUGUGAUUAAAAGAAACUCGCAUUGGAACAAUAGAAUUAAAAAAAUAUCAGAAUUAGCGGAGCAAUGUAAUAAAUCUUUGAUUUAAAAUUCUGAUUAUGUUUUAUUACAUUCUGCUUUUUAUAAUUGAGAAGAGAAUUUCUUAAGAAUUAAAAAAAAGAAUGAAACAUAAUCUACAUACAGCAAUGUUGUUCUUGUUUCGUUAAUUCUUUCGAGUUUGAAAUCUUCAAUGUAUGUAAAUUUAAUUUACUAUAAAAAGAAUGUAACACGGCAGAUGCAAUUCAAAUGCUACAUAUUCGAAGACAUUAUUAAAUCCAAGACUGUUGCGAAUUAUUAAAGAAAAAGAAGAAAAGGAAUGACUAUGUUUACGUCACUUUUAAUGAUUCUAAAUCUUUUUUCUUUCAAGAUCUAUUUACAUUAUAAACUAAAAAUAUGUAAUAAGUAUAUCUGCAUGCAAUUUGUCAAAACAUGUAUUUUGAAAUUUAGAUAUUCAAAUCGUACUACAAAAUAAAAAUGCCAAUAUUCUUUUACAACAAAUAAAUGCCAAUAUAAUAUUGAAAUGCAUGUAGUUAUGAAUGUGGAAUAAAAUGGAAACAGACUGUAGAAAUAAAUGACUUGAAAUUAUAAUAAGUUUACGUUGAAGUUAAUAGUAUCCAUCUAUUCGUUCGUGUGCUUUUAACACUACUGUCUGUUAGUCCCCGUACAUGGUUUAUAUAUAAGAUAAUCAAUACGCCAAAUACGUCACACGGUUAUUCAAGUUUGAACGAAGUAUCUUAUUGUAAAGUGUACAUGUGCGUAUAUCUAAGCAUCAAAGCUUUUAAGAUAAAUGAAUAUGAAAAAAUAAAAAAGUAAAUACGUCUCGUAAUUUCUAUUGUGCUUUCACGUGUAUCAAAUUAUUGAACAAUAAUUUAUGAUGUAUUGUUCCAGUUCCAUAAAGUAAUUAACGUCGUUAAUCUUUUCCACCCAGCUUAUCGAUUGAAUGGUUUGAUUAUUCAUCGACUUCGGUACAUUACAACGUGUUUAUUGUAGUACGCCAAAAUGUGGGAUCUUCGAAACUGUAAGACAUGCAGAGUUGUUAAGUGGGCUAAUAUACGCGCAUGAGCUUGAAUAAAAAUGAAGAACAUUAAAAAGAAAAGAAAAGAAAAAAAAAAAAAAAAAACAGAACAAACACAGAACACUCAACGAUGUUACCCCAGCUCAUGUAUUAUAGAAAAAAAGGAAACAAAUCUGCAAAUGUCAUAUUUUUUAUUUUCAUUUAUACCUUCUUUAUUUAUUACGAUAGAAUUUUAAUAUGUCAAUAAAAGUUUUUCUCUUUCUUACAUAAAAAAGAAACUUAAUAAAAAUAAAAAUCUUUACAAAGA